AUGGGGACGGGGGGUAAGGACAAGGGCAGUGAUGCUCCAACUAAUGGGGACGGGGGUAAGGACAAGGGCAGUGAUGCUCCAACUAAUGGGGACGGGGACAAGGGCAGUGAUGCUCCAACUAAUGGGGACGGGGGUAAGGACAAGGGCAGUGAUGCUCCAACUAAUGGGGACGGGGGUAAGGACAAGGGCAGUGAUGCUCCAACUAAUGGGGACGGGGGUAAGGACAAGGGCAGUGAUGCUCCAACUAAUGGGGACGGGGGUAAGGACAAGGGCAGUGAUGCUCCAACUAAUGGGGACGGGGGUAAGGACAAGGGCAGUGAUGCUCCAACUAAUGGGGACGGGGGUAAGGACAAGUUGUGUGUGUCCAAAAGUAAGGGAAGAGCCGUCAAGGCCUCUCCCGAGACGCCGCCACUGAAGAACCACCCCAGCCUGCUUCGCCGGAGCUUCAGUUUCCGCCACUGGACGGGUGGCGAACUGCUCCGCAUCCGGGCCCUCUCCAAAGACCAGCACCACGGCAGCUCUGGGUGUGUCGGCCGCGGGGAAGGAACAGCCGGGGACGACAACCAGACCCCCCAGUCCACAGUCCUCCAGAACCCGGCUUACGAUGAGACGGGACCGCCUAAACGAAACACAUUAGAAGUCGGGGCUGUCCUUAACAAGACUGACUCAAUGACGGAGCUGAGCCGCUGGGAACGAGCGAGAGGCAAAAACCGCACACUGGACAACAGCGAUCUGAUCACUCUUUCCAUGAAGAGUGUGUCGGAGAAGGAGGGGUUUCUGAGAGGCACCGGCUCCCGCUCCAGUGGCUCAGACCGGCGGCUGGUCAGGUUCUUCAGCGGUAUCUUCUCCAGGAAGGAUGGAGGGAUGGUGUCUACCUCUACUCCGUGGGCAGCCCCAGCACUAACCGCUCCCUCAGGAAGGGGAAGAGGAGCGGCCCCAUGGCCUACUCCCAGUCCAGCACAGAGAGUGUUAACGGAGGAGGAGGCCUGUCAUCAGAGGACGCCUUUGUGAACAGCCAGGAGUGGACCCUGAGCCGAUCGGUACCAGAACUCAAAGUGGGCAUUGUGGGUAACCUGGCCAGUGGGAAGUCUGCGCUGGUUCACAGGUACCUGACAGGAACAUACGUCCAGGAGGAAUCUCCAGAAGGUAAGACCAGGGUUCUCUCUGAUGCUCACCACAUCUGUGUCUGUACCAGUGUGUGUGUCUGUACCAGUGUGUGUGUCUGUACCAGUGUGUGUGUCUGUACCAGUGUGUGUGCGUGUCUGUACCAGUGUGUGUGCGUGUCUGUACCAGUGUGUGUGCGUGUCUGUACCAGUGUGCGUGCGUGUCUGUACCAGUGUGCGUGCGUGUCUGUACCAGUGUGCGUGCGUGUCUGUACCAGUGUGCGUGCGUGUCUGUACCAGUGUGCGUGCGUGUCUGUACCAGUGUGCGUGCGUGUCUGUACCAGUGUGCGUGUCUCUACCAGUGUGUGUGCGUGUCUGUACCAGUGUGCGUGUAACAGUGUGCGUGUCUGUACCAGUGUAUGUGUCUCUACCAGUGUGUGUGCGUGUCUGUACCAGUGUGUGUGUCUGUACCAGUGUGCGUCUACUUGUCUGGACACCCUUUUCACUACAUUGUUUUAGUCCACUAUAUAUAGGGAAUAGGGUGCCAUUUCGGAUGCAGAUCAUGUCUGUCAGUCGAUAGCGGUGUGGUUGGUUCGGGAAAAGCUUCCUAGAAAGCCUUAACUAAUUCACCAGGGUUCCGUGCUCAUGCUUAACUACACCGCCUGCUUAACCCAACUACCCAGCUACAAGGAGCUGGAGAGAGCAGUAUGUUAGUCCUGAAGCUAUAGUUCUUUCCAUGUUACCUCUCCUCAAGCUAAGCCUGAGGGGCUCCUCUCCUCCACUCCAGGCUGCGUCUCAAUAGUCCAGUGUCCUCUCCUCCACUCCAGGCUACGUCUCAAUAGUCCAGUGUCCUCUCCUCCACUCCAGGCUGCGUCUCAAUAGUCCAGUGUCCUCUCCUCCACUCCAGGCUACGUCUCAAUAGUCCAGUGUCCUCUCCUCCACUCCAGGCUACGUCUCAAUAGUCCAGUGUCCUCUCCUCCACUCCAGGCUGCGUCUCAAUAGUCCAGUGUCCUCUCCUCCACUCCAGGCUGCGUCUCAAUAGUCCAGUGUCCUCUCCUCCACUCCAGGCUACGUCUCAAUAGUCCAGUGUCCUCUCCUCCACUCCAGGCUACGUCUCAAUAGUCCAGUGUCCUCCCCUCCACACCAGGCUAUGUCUCAAUAGUCCAGUGUCCUCUCCUCCACUCCAGGCUACGUCUCAAUAGUCCAGUGUUCUCUCCUCCACUCCAGGCUACGUCUCAAUAGUCCAGUGUCCUCUCCUCCACACCAGGCUGCGUCUCAAUAGUCCAGUGUCCUCCCCUCCACACCAGGCUAUGUCUCAAUAGUCCAGUAUCCUCUCCUCCACUCCAGGCUACGUCUCAAUAGUCCAGUGUCCUCUCCUCCACUCCAGGCUACGUCUCAAUAGUCCAGUGUCCUCUCCUCCACUCCAGGCUACGUCUCAAUAGUCCAGUGUCCUCUCCUCCACACCAGGCUGCGUCUCAAUAGUCCAGUGUCCUCCCCUCCACACCAGGCUACGUCUCAAUAGUCCAGUAUCCUCUCCUCCACUCCAGGCUACGUGUCAAUAGUCCAGUGUCCUCUCCUCCACUCCAGGCUACGUCUCAAUAGUCCAGUGUCCUCUCCUCCACUCCAGGCUACGUCUCAAUAGUCCAGUGUCCUCUCCUCCACUCCAGGCUACAUCUCAAUAGUCCAGUGUCCUCUCCUCUCCUCCACUCCAGGCUACGUCUCAAUAGUCCAGUGUCCUCUCCUCCACUCCAGGCUACGUCUCAAUAGUCCAGUGUCCUCUCCUCUCCUCCACUCCAGGCUACGUCUCAAUAGUCCAGUGUCCUCUCCUCCACACCAGGCUGCGUCUCAAUAGUCCAGUGUCCUCUCCUCCACUCCACUCCAGGCUACGUCUCAAUAAUCCAGUGUCCUCUCCUCCACUCCAGGCUACGUCUCAAUAGUCCAGUGUCCUCUCCUCCACAGCAGGCUGCGUCUCAAUAGUCCAGUGUCCUCUCCUCCACUCCAGGCUACGUCUCAAUAGUCCAGUGUCCUCUCCUCCACUCCAGGCUACGUCUCAAUAGUCCAGUGUCCUCUCCUCCACUCCACUCCAGGCUACGUCUCAAUAGUCCAGUGUCCUCUCCUCCACAGCAGGCUGCGUCUCAAUAGUCCAGUGUCCUCUCCUCCACUCCACUCCAGGCUACGUCUCAAUAGUCCAGUGUCCUCUCCUCCACAGCAGGCUGCGUCUCAAUAGUCCAGUGUCCUCUCCUCCACUCCAGGCUACGUCUCAAUAGUCCAGUGUCCUCUCCUCCACAGCAGGCUACGUCUCAAUAGUCCAGUGUCCUCUCCUCCACUCCAGGCUACGUCUCAAUAGUCCAGUGUCCUCUCCUCCACUCCAGGCUGCGUCUCAAUAGUCCAGUGUCCUCUCCACACCAGGCUACAUCUCAAUAGUCCAGUGUCAUCUCCUCCACUCCAGGCUGCGUCUCAAUAGUCCAGUGUCCUCUCCUCCACUCCAGGCUGCGUCUCAAUAGUCCAGUGUCCUCUCCUCCACUCCACUCCAGGCUGCGUCUCAAU